UACAUCCGCAAACUGUGCAGCGCAUCUGCUCGCCUGACCGCUCAGCAGGAAUCAGCCUCUUCCUGGUCAUAACGCACCGGACACGCGCCAAAAAACGGAAGUGCACCUAUCACAGGACCCCCGCAGAGACAGGAGCGUCUAGGAGCAGCUUUGAGGUGAAGCAUCCGAUCAUCACAUAGCGCAGGAUUUAAACAGAUGUGCUGUUUCUUCUGUUUGAUGUAAACAGUUCAACAAGGAAGGAGGUGCAAGGAUGAACCCGGAGCCUGACAGCCCCUUUUCCAGGGUGGAGAGGACCCUGGUAUCAGUCUGGUGUUACAUAACUGAAGCCGUGAGCAGAUUCCUAAGGCCACAACCAGCUGAAACAGCCAACAAUGACCCAAACUCUAUUCAGGAAUCAAAUGUGGAUGAUGAAGCUCCUGGCGGUAGGCAAACGGGAACCGACACCAGCGGUGAAGAAACCUGCGAGGAACAGCCUUUUCAGACAGUUUCUCUUCUGAGUUCAUCCUCACCAGCUGUUCCCUGGGAGCAGUGCAUUGCAGAUGUUGAUGUUAAGCCUAAACAAGACCAAGAGAACAAGGAGGACAUGAGAGAGGAAGAGUUUGGUCUUACAGGAAAUGACCAUGCAGAAUCAGAGGGUGAAAAUGCAUGUCAAGAGAGACAAGAAAAAAGUGAGAAAAAAAACUCAGACACAUAUGAGGAAAAUGAGACGACUGAAAACAACGAGGAACAUGCUACUGUUGGAUCUGGACAUGUGCUGUUAAAGGAUGUAGUGAGUGAUGAGAUGGACUCAAGAGUUGAAGAAGUGGAACACGUGAGCGCAGAAAGACUGGAUGAAUGUCUAAAAGUGGUGGAAACAAUGAAGGAACCCCAGGAAGACGAUGGACAAGAAAAAAAAGAAGGCUUGGAGGAAGAAAGCAAGAUAAAAGACUGCAGCUCAGCAGAGAAGGAGGAAAGCAAUGCAGAGACAGGAGAGCAAAGGUACAUUAAAGCUACUGGAGUGAUGCUGGGAGAUGUUAACAUCUGUCAAGAUUCACAACAGUUGAGCCUGGAGUUUUCAGAGUUUUCAGGCUUUGCCAAGGAUGAAAAAAAAGACCCUGGUAAGUCCAAAACAGAUGAUGAGCCAGAGCAGAAGAAGAGCAGCAGAGCUGUUGAGGAUGUCCAACAAGAGGAACAUGUUGUAUCCCUUAAACCUGCAGGCAGAGAAGAUGAUCCUAGCACAGGAGAGGACCAAUUCGGCCCAAGAGCACAUGAUAGCGCAGAGCAGAUGAUCACUGAAGACAUCACAGAACAAGUUGGACCAGAGAUAACACAGUUGCACAUUUGUGUUGAAGAGAGUGUUGAUAAAACAGAAGACCAAGCUAACGCUGGAUCAAAAAAUACUGUAAAUGAGGAAAUAUGUGAAGAGAUCAAAAAAAUAAAUAAAGUAGCUGUGGCUGGGGAAGACUCUGUGGGCACAUUAACACUAUAUGGUUCUCAAGACGUGGAACAAGCAAAGGAAGACAUGGAGGAUGAGAACAGUAAUAUGGAAGUUGAUAAAGAAGAAGAUAAUGAAAACUCAAGAAAAGUGGAAGAGGAAAGAUUGUGUAGCGUUAGCAAAGAGGAGGACAGCAAUGAAGAGACAGGAGAACAAAUAGAGAGCAAGGCCCCGACUGUGAUCCCAGGAGAUGCUAAGAUAUGUGAAGAUGCUUUAGAGUUAAGCUCUAAACAGGAAAAAUCCCAAACAGAAACCCAGCACCCUCUCUGCCAAGAGUUGUCAAUUUUGGCCGAAGAUGAGAGUGUCCGGGUUGCUGACAUUAUAGAGGAAGAGCCAAAUGAGUCUGCAAAACAUAAAGAGCCUAAUAUGAAGAGUAGCCUAGCAGUUAUUGAUGUCCAAAAAGUGGAAACUGCGGAAACCCAAAGUAUUACAGCAUGUGAAGAUGACCGUGGCAAGGCAGAGGAAGAGUUUGGCCUAAAAGAAAAUAUUAGCACCGAACAGCUGAUCACUGAAGAAAUGACUGGUCAUCAAAUUGGACAGGAGAUAAGUGGCAUUCAACAGUUGAACAUGUUUAUUGAAAGAGAAGGAGUUAAAAACAUAGAAGAUCAAACCAAGGCUGGAUCAGCACAUACUGAAAAUGUGUUAAUAUGUGAAGGGAUGGUGAUAAAAGAUGAGGAAGCUGCUGCUGGGGGAGACACUGUGAGCACAUUGAGAUUAGAUGGUUUUCCACAAGUGGAUGAAGAGACAGUCCUGGUGGAUGAGAGCAGUAAAAUCAAGGAAGACCAGGCUGAAGAAAAUGAAGAGGACUUUAAAGAAGAAAGUGGGGUAAAACUUUGGACCAUUGUCGAAGAGAAGGAAAGCAAUGAAGAGACAGAAGAGAAAAGGGAGGAUGAAGGUGCUGCAGUGAUGCUGGGAGAUGCUAACAUUUAUGAAGAGACUUUACAGUUGAGCCCUGAACUGGAAAAUAAAUCAGAAGAUGGAACACACUCAGAAGCUCUGCACAUUGUCAGCAAAGAGUUGUCAAGUUCGACCAAGGAUGAGGGGGUUUGGAUUGCUGACCCUGAAGAGGAAGACUCUAGUAAGUCUGAAACAGAUGAAGAGCCAGAGGAAAAGGCCAGCAGAGCAGCCGAAGAUGUCCAACAUGAUAAAACAGUUUUCACCCCAAACGUUACAGGCAGCAAAAAUUAUCCUGGCACAGGAGAGAAACAGUUUGGCCUAACAGGACAAAACAGUACAGAGCAGCUGAUCACUGAAGACAUGAUGGAACAUCAACUAGAAAUAGAAAAAACGGACACAAAGCAAUUACAGACUCUUGUAGAAAAAGAAGAUAUUAAAAACACAGAAGAUCAACUUCAGGUUGAAUCAAAUGAUACAGUAAAUGAACCAAUAUGUGAAGAGAUUGAAAAAGGAGAUGAAAGAGCUUCCCCCAGGGAAGACCCUAAGAGCACAGUUAGUCUAGAUGGUUCUCAAAUUGUGGAUGAAGCCUUGGAAAACUUGAAGGAUAAAGCUAAUAACAUACAAGAAGAUAAACUAGAAAAGAAUGAAGAAGAUAUUGAGAUGGAACAUGAGGUAAAACUGUGCACCAUUAGCAAAGAGGAGGAGAGAAAUGAAGAGGGAGGAGAGCAAAGGGAAUGGGAAGCUUCUACUGCCAGGUUGGAAGAUGCUCAGAUCUGUGAUGAUGCUUUACAAUUGAGCCCUAGACAGGAUAACUCAGAGGAGAGAAGACAGGCAGAAACUCAGCUUGUCUGCAAAGAGUUGUCAGGUUUAUCUGAGGAUGAGAUGGCUUUGGUUGCUGACACUGAAGAAGACCCCAGUAAGUCUAAAAUAGAUGAAGAGUCCAAGCAAAAGGGCAGCAGAGCUGCCGAAGAUGUCCAAGAUGAAAAUGUUUUAACCUCAAACCUUACAAGCAGUGAAGAUGAUUAUGGCACAGGAGAGGAACGGUUUGAUCUAAAAGGAGAUGAUGCAGAGCAGAAUUUCUCAGAAGACUUAGAUUUAGAAGACAUGACAGGACAUCAUGAUGAACAAGAGAUAAAUGUCAUCCAACAGCUGCAGACCUGUGAAGGACAUGAUGUCUUUGAGAGCAAAGAAGACCAAGCUUGUGUUGGAUCAGAAACAGGAAAGAAGAAAAUAUGUGAAGAGGUUGAAAAAAGAGAUGAAAAAGCUUCCCCCAGGGAAGACCCUAAGAGCACAGUUAGUCUAGAUGGUUCUCAAAUUGUGGAUGAAGCCUUGGAAAUCUUGAAGGAUGAAGCUAAUAGCAUCCAAGAAGAUAAACUAGAAAAAAAUGAAGAAGAUAUUGAGAUGGAACAUGAGGUAAAACUGUGCACCAUUAGCAUAGAGGAGGACAGUAAUGAAAAGGGAGGAGAGCAAAAGGAAGGGGAAGUUUCUGCUGCCAGGUUGGAAGAUGCUCAGAUCUGUGAUGAUGCUUUACAGUUGAGGCCUAGACAGGAUAACUCAAAGGAGAAAAGACAGGCAGAAACUCAGCUUGUCUGCAAAGAGUUGUCAGGUUCAUCUGAGGAGGAGAGGGUUUCGGUUGCUGACACUGAAGAAGAACCUAGUAAGUCUAAAAUGGAUGAAGAGCACACGCAAAUUGGCAGCAGAGCUUCCGAAGAUUUCCACGAUGAAAAUGUUUUAACCCCAAACCUUACAAGCAGUGAAGAUGAUUAUGGCACAGGAGAGGAACAGUUUGAUCUAAAAGGAGAUGAUGCAGAGCAGCAUUUCUCAGAAGACUUAGACUUAGAAGACAUGACAGGACAUCAUGAUGAACAAGAGAUAAAUGUUGUCCAACAUCUGCAGACCUGUGAAGGACAUGAUGUCUUUGAAAGCAAAGAUGACCAAGCUUGUGUUGGAUCAGAUACAGGAAAAAAGGCAAUAUGUGAAGAGGUUGAAAAAAGAGAUGAAAAAGAUGCUGCUGGGGAGGACCCUAACAGCACAGUCAGUCUAGAUGGUUCUCCAAAAGAUGAUGAAGCCAAAGACUCAAGAGAAGAGAGAAGCAACAUUCAGGAAGAUGAAGAAAAAGAAAAUGAACAAAACUUUGAGAAACAAAGUGGGAUAAAACUAUGCACAGUUAGCAAAGAGGAGGAGAAGAAUGAAGGAGAGCAAAGGAAAAUUGAAGCAGGUGUAGUGAUGCUGGAAGAUGGUAUAAUCUCUGAAGACACAUUACAGUUUAGCCCUGAAAAACAACAUGCCUCAGAUGAGAAAACUGAAGAAUUAGAUGAGCUUAUUGAUGAGAACGUCCAGAUGACAAUUGAAGAUGUUGGGCAAGAGGAAAAUGUCUUAAUUCCAGAGACAACCACAUUUAAACAGGAGGAUUUACUGGACACCAUUUUUCAAAAUGCCACAGAGAAAAAUGUGACCAUGGAAGAUAUUUCAACAGAUGAAAAUACUGAAAUAGCAGCAGGUGAGAGGCUCUCUAUUGAAGUCAAUGAGGAGGGUUGCGUGGAAAGAGUUUGUAUAACCACUCCUGUUACUGUAAUAGCUGAAGGCGAGUCUGCACGGGAAAUAAACACAGGCUUUAACAAUAUUCCCUUGGGGGUAAUAGAAGGCCAGUCUGCCGAGCUCGACGCUGAAGCACAUGAGGAAACUCCAGAGGCAGUUCCUGAGUACAACAAUGACCUUGAAUCAGAUGCAAAUUCCACACAAAGCUUCUUAGAAGAGGGAAAUUCAGAGGAAAUUCAAAACACAGACUUACCAGAAGAGGUGGGGGUCUUUAAAAGCAGCAGCACAGGAGGAGCUGAAUAUUUACCGAUAGGACAAGGCAGUGCAGAGGAUAGCAGAAACGAGCUGGAAUUCAUUGAGAAGGAGCAGACUGAAACACCAAGAUUUGUAGAAGAUCCAGAGAAGCCAAAAAGUGACAACAUAAAUCUGGAAUUGGAACAAUUCUCUGAGGAGGAAAAGGUCAAAAUAGUUGAUACCUCAAUGAAGACGGAGUUUAAACAAUCGGAUCAAGAAUUUGAAGAAUACUCAGAGGAUGAGACUGGGCAGCAGGAUGAAACAGCUGAAUUUGAAAUUGCCAGGCUAUCUAAAGAAGCUUCAAUAGAUGGUUUUGGGAAAAGAGAAGUUCUAACAGUUGAUAAAGGGGCUGAUUUUGCAGAUGAAUCUACUGAAUCCCUCGAGGGACAAGAGAAGAGGACAGGAAUAAACCUUGGUCCAAAUGUACAGUCUUUUAGUUUACAGGAUGAUCAUGGUAACUUGAAAAACUCAGAAGAGAUCAAAUCUAAAUUAUUUGAUGUAAGUGCCGUCAAACCUCUGCAGUUGGAGUUUGACGCUGAAGAACAAGGGUGCACUGAUGAAGAGGAACUGGAAAUGACAACCCUCCAGUUAGGGGGGAUGUCAGCUGAUCAGAUGAUAGGAAAAUGGGAAACAUCUCAACAUCUAGAGAAAACUAAUCAAUCUCCACACAGAUUGGCUGAGAUGACUCAGGCAGAUGUAACAACAGACAUAGAAAGUACUGAUGAACCAAAGUUGAAUACAUCUGAAGGGCUUCCCUUGAUCUCAGCAGUGGAAGAAAAACAAGAGGGAUACUCAGAACACUCAGCUGGAGAACAUCAGGGUGUGAUUGAUGAAGAAAUUCUUGAUUUGUGGAUAGAGACAGUGAUGUCAGAUGACACUGAUAGGUCUAAAGAAGAAGAUCUUUCUGGACCUGGACUACAAAAGGACCAAGUUGAUGAGGAGUCAGGUGAAACAUCAUUUGAGGACGAGAGAGAAGAGGAAAUGAAAGCAAAUUCAGAAGAACCUGCAUCACCAAGCGAGACAGAAACUUCCUUGUCAACAUUUGAGCCUGGACUAGUGGAUCAGCAUUUCAGUGAAAAAACAGCAAGCACUGGAUUGCUUGAAGAUAUAAAUAACAUACCAAAUGCUGGGUCAAGUUCAGAAGAUGUCGCUGAGUUUUCAAUGCCUAUAUUUGACUCUGCAUUGGUUCAGGAAACAACUGAAGUUACAGCAUCCAGUGAGAUCAGAUCCUACCAAGAUUCAGGAGUUUCCUCACCAGGGGAAUGUCAUCCAAUUCAGGAAUGUGCUACAUCUCAAGAAAAGUCAGAUGAAACAAAAGAAAAGACAGGAGUGGAAAUUAGUGCAAUGUGCAGAGACACUGAAUCCGUACCGAAAACAAAAGCUGAAGAUGAUCUCCUUGAAGCAACAGUGGCUGAAAUCUCUGAAGAAAUCCAACCUCUGGAGUCAUGGCAACACAGAAAGAACUCCCAGGUUGAAUCUGAGAGGCAGCAAUUCACUCCGGUGGCACCAGAGCACAGAUUGCCGGGGGACAUCAUCAAAUCUUUUCCAGACUCAAGCAGGACUGAGCUGGAAGAAAAUCUAAGCAAGGUCGAAGGCCCCAUCCUAGAUUUUGCACUGCAAAGGUCUCGGAUUGCUGUGAAAAACCCUCGUGUUAGACCCCCCACAGACCCCCGCUCUUUAAUUAAUAUGCCCUCUGUGGAUCCAACUCCAUCAACACGUGUGUCUGGCAAAGCUCUUCCAGGUGUGCCUUUAGGCGGCUUAGGGGUUGGGAUCAAACUGCCAGGGCUUGGAGCUGGUUUUCCUGUUUUAAGGAAGACACCACGGGCCUUAAAAAACGAGGAUAACCCAGAAACAAAAUCACAGGAAUCUACUGAGACUACUGAGAAAGAGGAAGAGAAGAGUGAUGCUGCUAAAAAAGAUGAAGCACCAAAGAGGCCUAAAUGGAUGCCCCCAGGACAACCAGGAUUUGGAAAUCCACUUAUGUCUGAACUCAAGACCAAGCUGAAGAAAACUUCCAAAGAGUGAAAAAAUUAUCCUUUUAAUGCUUUCUGUGAAUAGCCCCACAUAUUAUAAAUAAGUUAACUGCCCUGUUUUUGUCUACUAUGCAACAAGAAGCAUUUUUUUAUUUUAUUUUACCUGUGUUUUUGGUAUUUAGCUUUGAUAAUAAAGUACAAUUGAAUGAGA